AUGGUCCGCAACGAAGAGACGCUGCAGCCCGACAUCUACGCCGAGCGGCUUCCCGAUGACCUGUCGAAUCGCCAGUGCUUUGUGCUCGAUCCCAUGCUCGCGACCGGCGGCUCGCUGAUCGCGGCCAUCAACUAUCUGUUCGACCGUGGCGCCGUGGAUGUCACCUGCGUCUGCCUGAUCGCCGCCCCCGAGGGGCUCGACGCCGUCGAGGCCGCGACGGUUGGCCGCGAGGUGACGAUCGUUGUCGGGGCCAAGGACGAGAAGCUCAACGAGGUCGGCUAUAUCGUGCCGGGGCUCGGCGAUGCCGGUGACCGCCUCUACGGGACCGUGUAG